AAAAAUUUUUAUAUUCUUCAGCACUUUUCUUUUUUUUUGAAAAUUACUAAGAUUAUCAUCAACGAACAUGAAAUUAAAACAUGAACAUACAUUAAUAAAACCUAGACGAUUCGAUGGAAGUGUUGCUGAAGGAAAACCAUCUUCUAUUCAAAUUUAUCGUAUACAAUGUAUGGCCAUUUCGGCAAAUAUGGCAAAAUUGGCUAUCUGUCAUUCCCAAACAAAUCACAUCGAACUAUGGGACUUAUCAACCAACGAAGUGAAAGAUAAGUUUGCGCUAAAAUCGGCUGAUAAACAAUCGUCUGAUCGACAUUCAUUUCAAGUAAAUGGCAUGUCAUUCGCUGCCGAUUCUGAACGCUUGGCCAUUGGACAAUCGGAUCAUGUUAUCUACAUCUAUAAAAUUGGCAAUUCAUGGGGACAAAAAAAGUCGAUUAUCAACAAAUAUUCAUUGCAAAGUGCCGUUUGUGCAUUGCAUUGGCUUGCCACCGGAAUCGUUUUUGCAUCGAUUGAUGGUCGUGUCAAAUUCAUUCAAGCUCAUACAAACAAAAUGUCAACUUUAAUCAAUGUUCCGAAUUCUAUUUGUGUAUCAAUGUGCUAUAACCAGGAUCAAAUUAUAGCCGGUUUUCUCAAUGGUCAGAUCUGGUCCAAUUCAUUGACAUCGAAUCUUCGGGAAUCUUCAGCACAAUUGUUGGCUAAUCACCCUACACCGCCGUUUGCUUUAGCAUUAACAUCAACAGGCUAUAUUUGUGCAGCUGGUUGUGAUGGCCGUAUUUUGUUUCAAGAACUUACCGGAUCUAGUUCUGCGAAUAAUUCGGCUCUUGAAAAGUCACGAAAACUUUCGUCUUCGUCCAACAAUUCAACUGCAACACCAGCCAACAGGCAAACAAUUGAUCAUGGUCAAGACAUCUCUAUGGCUGUCAGUUCACCCUCUGGAACAGUUUUAAUCUUGGCAUCCAAAGAAUCGUUGCUGAUAUUUCAGUUAGAAUCUCGGAUAUGGAAACACAAAUUCACAGUUGAUAUGAAAGGUUCAUUUUUGAUUACCGGACUUUGUUGGUCAGCUGAUGGAACGAAAUUGGUUGCUUCGACAUUGAAUCAAGCAGUCGAAUUAUACCGAUGUCAAUGGCAAUCCAAAAUGGUAGGAAAUCGAUUCGAAAUCAAUUAUGUUGGAAAUCGACAAUUGGUGAUCAGAGAUUUACAAGCAAAUCAAUCAAAAAUGUUUGUUUCACAUUUUGAUAUUCAAGAAGUGAAAAUUAUCAAGGAAAGUUUUGUUGUAAUUUGGACCACCAAUACAUUAAUUAUGGGUAGCUUGUCGAAUGAAUCUCAACGUUCAGAAAUUGAAUGGCUUGGAUUAACAACGCGUGGAGUGAAAUUUUCGUUUGACUAUGAAAAUGUUGCAUUAAUCAGUGCUGUCGGUGAAUUGUAUCUUGUCGAAUUGGGUCAAAACCAAAUUCUUGGAUCAGUUCGUACUGAUUUCAUAUCACCUCAUUUGAUAUCGGUUCGAAUGAACGAACGUAAUUCGAAAUCUAAAAUUUUCGCCUAUCUAUUAGAUGCUAAAAGCAUUGCUGUAAUCGAUUUGAUCACCGGAUUACAACUGAAUACAUGGGCUCAUUCAGAGCGUAUCGAUUGGAUUGAAUUGAAUGAAACUGGUCAUCGUAUGAUUUUUCGUGAUAAAGCAUUAAAAUUGAUCUUAUUAUUGAAUGUAGUACAUCAAGAUCAGAUAGUUCUGUUAAAUCAUGGUUGUGCUUUUGUACAAUGGGUGCCUGGAUCUGAUGUUGUUGUGGCUCAAUGUCGAGAUAAACUCUAUGUCUGGUAUGAUUAUAACAAACCAAUUAUUCAUCAAGUGAUUGGUGGAGAAUUGAAUGAAGCAUUUGAAAUCGAACGCAUCAAUGGUGUUACAAAAGUUAAAUUCUCACAACCCAAUACAGAUAUUAUAUUGAAUGAAGUUCUGUUGGAAUAUGAUACGGCUAUUGAUGAUGGAGAUCUGGAAAGGGCCCAAUCUUUCUUAGAAUCGUUAAGUGAACAGCAGAAAAAUUCUCAAUCGGUAGUCAUAACCGAUACAAAUUCAAUGUGGCUCCAGCUUGGAAAUUUAGCUUUAAAAAAUUUAAAUCUUACAGUUGCUGAACGUUCUUUUGCCGCUAUUGGUGAUUUAGCUAAAGUGAAUUUCAUUCACCAAUGUCAACUUGAUUCAUCUAUGCUUGCAUUGUUAGACGGCGAUUGGGAUCGUUUUGAAAGUGGUAAUUUUGAUAAGGUUCUUUCCAUUUAUCUAGACACAUAUAAUUGGGAUCGUGCAAUCAAAUUUGCAACAAAAUUUGGACGUCAUGAUUUAGUAGAAGAGUUGCAACAAAAAUAUUAUCAAUGGUUAUUGGAUACGGGACAACAUUCGGUUGCCGCCAUGAUUUUGCAACAGAAUGGAAAAUUAGAAGAAGCUAUUGGUUUAUAUAUGAAAGCCGGUCGUUUAGUUCAGCUCACUAAAUUGAUUGUUGAUUAUUUCAGUGCAAAUAGUGAUCAAAAUCAAAUCAUUAGUAAAGAUUUAGUAGAUAAAAUAAUCAUCGAUCUUGAACGAGCUGAAGCAUAUGAAGAAGCGGGCGAUUUAUAUCAGCUUUCCAUAAUAGAUGAUAAACAGAAUGCAUUACGAUCAUUCACGAAAGCCAAAGCGUUUUCAAAAGCUAUCAAUCUCGCACGUAUACAUUUUCCCGAUGAAGUUGUUACGCUGGAGAGUCAAUACGGUGAAUAUCUUAUGAAUGAAAUGGAUGAUCCAUCCAAUGCUGUCAAUCAUUUUAUCGAAGCCGGACGUACGGAAAAAGCAUUGGAAGCAGCCGUUGCAGCUAGGCAAUUUGAUCGUGCGGCUGAAAUUGCUUCAAUUUUAGAUCAAAUUCCGACUCAUUAUGGUAAAAAAAUUGCUGAACACUAUGUCCAACGUGAUGAAAUCGAACCGGCAUUGGAAAUGUAUCUAAAUAUGAGCUGUGUUCGUGAAGCUGUUCAACUGUUGAAUGAUCGUGGACAAUAUGCACGGGCAUUUAAAAUCGCUAAACAAUUAAUGUCGACUGAUGAAGCACGUGAAAUGUACGAGAUAAUCGCCAAAUCUUAUGAAUCAAAUGGCAAAUGGAAAGAAGCUGAACGAAUUUAUAUCGCCUGUGGUGAUGUCGAUGCAGCAAUUUCAAUGUACAAAAAUAAUCGUGAAUUUGAUUCGAUGUUAAGAUUGGUUAGACAACAUCAUCCUGGACUUUUGAAUGAAACUUGUAUCUAUUUGGCUCGAGAAUUAGAAUCGGAUCAUUUGUACAAACAAGCAGAACAAUAUUAUUUGAUGGCUAAUGAAUGGCAACAAGCAGCUCAAAUGUAUCGUAAUGUUUCUCAGUGGGAAGAUUCCUAUAGGGUUUCACGUGCAAAUGGUGGUGCAUCAGCUGCCAAACAGGUUGCAUUUCAAUGGGCACAAACGAUGCCGAUACCGCAAGAAGCAGUUAGCCUAUUAAAUAGAUUUGGCUUAUUAAAUCAGGUUGUUGAUUAUGCCUUGGAAAAUAAUGAAUUUGAAUUUGCAUUAUCAUUGAUUCGUAAUUCUUCCGAUUUAAAGCAUAAAUUGAUUGAUGUUCAACUUAAAUAUGCCGGCUGGCUUGAAAAUGAAAAUCUUUUUAAUGAAGCUGAAACAAUGUAUGUAGAAGCGGGUAAACCCAAAGAAGCGGUAAUCAUGUAUUUACAUCAUAAUAAUUUUGAUGAUGCACUUCGUGUUGCCGAACAAUAUGUUCAACAAGAAGAUGAAGUUGUUAAAGAUAUACUCACAGCCCAAGCUCGUUACCUUUUCGAACAAAUGAAACGAUAUAAUGAUUUUGAUCGAAUCGAUCGUGUUGAAACAUUGUUGCUUCGAGCUGGCCGUAUCGAAAUGGCUGUACGUUUAUUUCGCGAUUCUGGAUUAUGGGAUGAAGCUGUUCAUGUCGCUGAACAAUAUGCUCCGCAUUUAUUGGAUUCACUUCGUCGUGAUAUGAUUACAUCGACUACAGCUCAUGCGACAUCCGCUUAUCAAUCUCUUUCGCAUCAAUCAUCAAGAGUGAAUAGUCCAAGAAUGAUGAAUCAAUCGGAUUAUGGACAACAACAACAAUCAAAUGAAAUGAGUGAAUUAGAUUUAACACAAGCUUUGAAAACAGCUGAACAAAAUAAUGAUAAAGAAUCCAUUGUUCGAUAUUCAAUGCUGUUAGCAAGUCAUUUGUUAAAAGAACAUCAAGCGUACGAUUCUCUUAAAGUAUUAACCAAGCAUUCGUCAUCAACAUUUAUUUUGCCUGAUUCAAAGAAGUUAAUGUCUCGAAUAGCUGUAGUAAUAUUAUCCGAAAUGGAGAAUUUUGAUGAUUCAACUUCUAGUUCAAGUCAAAUGUACAUGUUAUUACGAAAUUCGUUUCAACAAAUAUUGGUGCAGAAUUCCUCCUUGAAUCAAAUAGAACGGGAAUUGUUUGAAAAAUACCUACUCAUAUCCCAUUAUCUAACAUUGAAAUGUUUACUUGAAGAAUUGGCCAAUACAUAUCCUCAGUCACCGGCUAUUGGCAGUAUUAGAGAAUUACAUCUUAAACUAUCGAUUUCAAUGUUACGCUAUACAGAUGUUGUACGCGCUGAUAAAGCAUUCUAUGAGGCAGGGAUAGUUUGUCGAUCAUCGAAUCGUUUGGAUAUGGCAUUUGUAUUUCUAAAUCAUUUUUUAGAUCUAUUGGACGCUAUUGAAGAACAAAAUUUUAAUGUCGAUCAUUCGGAUUUUGUCAAUACAGAUAUACCAUGUGAAGUACCUCUACCAUCAAAAAUUAUGUUCGAUGAAACAACCAUUGAAGAAAUUAAAAGUUGGGUAUUGCAAACAUCAAUGGAUACUGAAAUGUCACAAUCAUUACCAUUGGAUCCUAUGCGUGAUGGUGAAGUAUAUGAGGCAAGUUUGAUAAACGGAGAUAAUACAAGAUGUUUGCCAUGUUUGGUGACUGGAUAUCCAGUGGCUGCCAAACAUAAAAUGAUUGAAUUUGAAUCAGGUAAAUAUGUAGCAAAUAAAGAAGAUUGGAACAAAUUAUUGAUGAUCGCUAAAGUAUUGGAUGAUCAAAAAUUACGCGAACUUUUACAAUUUAUCGGUACAUUAUGUGGCAAUAUGAAUAUUGUGAAAUUCUCAUUUCAAUAAAUUUAAUUUCUAUAGAAUAAAUUUUUUCUUCUUUAGAAGAAUCUAUGAAUGGAUAUUUUUAUUUUCAAAU